GGUCCCUGUGUGCGGGGGAGGGGUGUGGAUGGCCCGGUGUUCCCGCUCCGCUGUGAGUCGGUUGCACGGUGUGUUCGCCGUUUACAAACCGCCCGGAAUUCACUGGAAACGGACUCGAGACACCGUGGAGAGUAAACUACUGAGUGAACUCAACACCUUGGAGCAACCAGUUAUUCAGCAGCAAAUCCGGUUUGUGCCAAGUUUAAUCAACAAUGAGAACGGACAUGAAACCCAACUGACUGUAACCCAAGUCCCAGUACUGGCCAAUCACCCACGAGUGACAGGUCCGCUAUUUGUUGGUCUGAAGGUGGGGGCUGGUCACCGCCUGGAUUGGCAAUCCUCUGGGGUGCUGGUGCUGGGUGUUGGAAAUGGAAACAAGCAGCUAAACAGUCUCCACCAUUGCCACCUGACCAAGGAAUACGUUGUGAAAGGCAGCUUUGGGACAGCAACCGACGACUUCUCAAACACAGGCAGAGUGAUCGAGAGAACAACUUACGAUCACAUCACCCAGGACAGGCUGGAGCGUAUCAUUGCUGUGGUCCAGGGCAGCCACCAGCGAGCACUGCUAACGUAUUCAGAUGUUGAUUUGAAAAGCCAGGAGGCCUAUGAGCUCGCGUCCCGGGGGCUGUUACGGCCCAUGGAUAAAUCCCCUCCCAUCAUUACCGCUAUUCGCUGUGUACACUUCUCCCCUCCAAGCUUCACGCUGGAGAUCCAGUGUCUCCAUGAGACCCAGCAGUACCUGCGCAAGCUUGUCCAUGAGAUCGGUUUGGAGCUGAGGUCAUCGGCAGUGUGUACGCACGUUCGCCGCACACGUGAUGGGAUUUUCACAGUGAACGAUUCGUUAAUCAGGACGCAGUGGGACCUGCCCAGUAUCCUGGCUGCUGUCCAGGCCAGCCGGCUGAAAGUGAAAGGCAAGCUGCAAGAGAACAGCUGGAGGCUCUCGGCCUCCUCUGAGGAAGGCACAUACACAGGGGUCAAAGCCAGGGGCCUGGAGAAAGGAACUCACACCAGUGAGCGACUGAACUGAGGAAGCUUGACACAGCUCGCUCUGAGAUUGCAGCAUACACAGUGUUCAUUUUGGGAACUGCAGGAUUUAUGUGCAAGGAGGAACCAUAAUCCAGGACAAUGUUUUGAAACACUUGUUUUUUUUUCCUUUAAUGUAAUUCUGUGAAUACUAAUGUUGAAGGAAUAAAGAGACAGGCCCUGACAACAUGCAGGAAACCCUGCAGAUAGCAGUCAGGAGCCAAUACUGGGAGCAGCAGAAAAAUCAGAAUCCCUGAAGUGUGGAAACAGGCCAUUUGGCCCAACACGUCCACCCAAACCCGAUUACUCUACAUUUACCCCUGACUAAUGCAUCUAACCUACACAUGCCCAAACACUCCGGGCAAUUUAGCAUAGCCAAUUCACCGAACCUGCACAUCUUUGGAUGUAGGAGGAAACCCACACAGUCACCCGAAGCUGGAAUCGAACUUGGGUCCUUGAGGCUCUGAGGCAGCAGUGCUAACCACUGAGCCGCCACAGUGUUAUUGUUUGGGAACCAGCAGUGAGCUGUAUCCAUCUAACCGGGCUGGCAGCAGUCUUUAACAUAGCAAUGGGGAUAUUUUGUUUUUACCACCUUCACUCCUUAAGAACAAAGUCUGACUUUUUUUUUUAGCUCAAGUGGAUGGGGAUGUGGAAUUAGGAACACAAACCAAUGUCAAUCUUAGGAUGGCAGAGUAGGCUUGAGGCCUACCCUUGUAUUUAUUAAUUAUCCUUAUUCUAAGUCUAAAACAAUGAUUUAUUCACAAAACAAGCCCAAGGCUAGGACCGGGUCAUCCCACCAUCAAGAGUCUACAGUGUUUCUGGAAGGUGUUAGACGUGAACUGGGAUGGAAGGGGUCAGCCCCUACCUCAUCAUCAGUCAUCUCUGCUCGAUGCCUUCUCCUUCGCUGAUGUCUGGAGUUGAGGGUAUCAUAAGGCUGUCUCCACACAAUUAAAUUCACUCCUGUGUUCCUAACA